AUGAAGAUUGUGGGAGGAAGCAUCGCCGCGCUCGGCAUGAUGACGAUCGCUGAUACGAUGACAGCAAUGGCACAGAAUAUGUCGUUCGGAGCCGACAAUUUCUAUCGCAGUGACAACGUGACGGUUCAGGCGAUUACCUUUCAGGACCAAUAUCGGACGACUAUCGCUGGGAACCUCUUCAUUCGCAGUAACUUCAAUCGCAGCAUUGAUAUGCCAGCCAUCAUCGUCGGUCACCCCAUGGGUGCUGUGAAGGAGCAAAGCGCAAAUCUCUACGCCACGAAGUUGGCCGAACACGGCUUUGUCACUGUCUCACUCGACCUACCGUUCUGGGGCGCCAGCGAGGGUAACCCGCACAACACAGUGUCGCCUGAACUUUACGCAGAGGCAUACAGCGCGGCAGUCGACUACCUUGGCACACAAAAAAUCGUCGAUCGCGAGCGUAUUGGCAUCCUCGGCAUCUGUGGCAGUGGAUCCUUCGUGAUCAGCGCAGCGAAGGUUGAUUCGCGCCUGAAGGCGAUUGCAACGACAAGCAUGUACAACCACGGUAUUCUUACACGCAAUGGACUGCGGGGUUCGCAAAGCAUCGAGCAGCGCAAGGAGCUCGUCGCCGCAGCGUCCCAACAGCGCUGGACUGAGGUGGAUGGGGGCAAAGCCCUGUAUACAGCCGGCGCCCCCGAUGAGAUCACGGCGCAGUCAACAUCAAUUGAUCGUGAGUUUUACGACUUCUACCGCACUUCGCGUGGCGAGUUCACGCCUAAGGGCUGGUCCCCAAAGCUCACGACGCACCCGACGCUCUCGAGUAACACGAAGUUUAUGAACUUCUACCCAUUCAACGAUAUAGAAACAAUCUCGCCGCGGCCAAUGCUGUUCAUCUCAGGCGACCAGGCACACUCACGCGAAUUCAGCGAGGAUGCUUAUGCGCAUGCAGCUGAACCGAAGGAGCUAUUCUGGGUAGCAGGUGCCGGUCAUGUUGACCUUUACGAUCGCAUGGAUCUCAUCCCAUUCGAAAAGCUUACCCAGUUCUUCCAGACAAAUCUCGCAUAG